AUGGCCUUCUUUUUCAGUCGUGGCCGGUCUCGGCAACCGUCUGAUGUGGUCCGGUCAAUUAAAGAUCUUCUCUUGCGACUACGGGAAACACCAACUGUCCCGGCGAAGGUGGAGGAAGAACUUGGUAAACAGUUGUCGCAGAUGAAACUGAUCGUUCAGGGAACCCAAGAAAUCGAAGUCUCCCCGGAUCAAGUACAUGCGCUGGUUCAAGCUACUUUGCAUGAAGACCUACUCUACGAGCUUGCGCGGAAUCUCAGCCGCCUUCCCUUUGAAGCCCGGAAAGAUACGCAGACCAUAUUUUCGCACGUCCUUCGUUUCAGGCCUUCUCCGAACACCCAGUCCGACCCGCCCGUCAUCUCCUAUAUCGUCCAUAAUCGCCCCGAAAUCAUCCUGGAGCUAUGCAAGGGCUAUGAACACAGUCAGAGCGCUAUGCCGUGCGGGACGAUCCUGCGGGAAGCGCUCAAAUUUGACGUUAUUGCGGCGAUUAUUCUGUACGAUCAGUCCCGGGAGGGCGAGCCGGCCAUCCGACUGAGCGAGGUUCAACCGGGCAUUCCUCAAAACGGAAACGGGGUGUUCUGGGAGUUCUUCCGUUGGAUCGAUCGAGGCAGUUUUGAAUUGAGCGCCGACGCUUUCACGACCUUCCGGGAAAUCCUUACCCGUCAUAAGUCUCUCGUGACCGGAUACCUUGCGGCGAACUUUGACCGGUUUUUUGGCAAGUUCAACAACGUCUUAGUGCAAUCGGAUUCAUAUGUCACCAAGCGGCAGAGCAUCAAGCUCCUGGGCGAGAUCCUGCUGGAUCGGGCCAACUACAAUGUGAUGAUGGCUUAUGUUGAGAGUGGCGAGAACCUUAAGCUCUGCAUGAAGCUACUCCGCGAUGACCGCAAGAUGGUGCAGUACGAGGGGUUCCACGUCUUCAAGGUGUUUGUUGCGAACCCCAACAAGUCUGUGGCGGUCCAGCGAAUUCUUAUCAAUAACCGGGAUCGGCUUCUCAAAUUCCUGCCAAGGUUCCUGGAGGACCGCACGGACGAUGACCAGUUUACGGACGAGAAGAGCUUCCUAGUGCGCCAGAUCGAGCUUUUGCCCCGUGAGCCGAUCGAGCCCACACGGUCUGCGCGCGAGCCAUCUCGGACCGGGGCCAACACGACGGCUGUGGCAUGA